UGCUGGGCUUGCCUCGGGAGAAGUAAAGAGCCAAGAAAGCUCUCCUCCGGGGGCGCUGGGCCUGGAGAACAGAGGCGCUUGCGGCGCCGUGAAAGAAGAUCGGCAGUCUCAGCUGCCGCCCGGAUCGUCCUUGCGACGCGCGGCGCCGGCGCGGCGCGGCUCGGACGGGCGAUUUUUGUCUGUCCGCUCUGCACCCUCCCCUCCGCGUCCCCCUCACCCGAGACCCGGGCUGAGGGCGGGAGCAGCUGCCGGGAGCUUUGGUUCCCGGGCGAGCGGGCCCGCGCGCCGCCUGCCGCCACUGAGCCGGGCCGAGGCUGGGCCUGGGCUCGGCUCCGCGGCAGUGGCGGCCGUUUUGCCGGCAGGGGGGUGCGGGGAGAGAAUGGGCGUCCCCACCCCGAAGCAGUUCUAUCCCAUCCUGGAGAGGCCGCUCAUCAGCUACACCCUGCAGGCUCUGGAGAGAGUAUGUUGGAUAAAGAACAUUGUCGUGGCAGUAACUGGAGAGAACAUGGAAGCAAUGGAGAGUAUUAUCCAGAGGUACCAGCAUAAAGGCGUCUCACUAGUUGAAGCUGGAGUAACCCGCCAUAGGUCAAUUUUCAAUGGACUAAAAGCACUUGCAGGGGAUCAACCCAACUCUAAACUCUCUAAGCCAGAAGUGGUGAUUAUCCACGAUGCUGUGAGACCGUUUGUUGAGGAAGAUGUCCUCCUUAAAGUUGUCACAGCUGCUAAAGAGCAUGGGGCAGCAGGAGCAAUUCGACCUCUUGUAUCUACUGUCCUCAGUCCAUCGGCUGAUGGUUGCUUAGACCACUCACUAGAACGUGCCAGACACAGAGCAAGUGAAAUGCCACAGGCUUUUCUAUUUGAUGUGAUCUAUAAAGCAUAUCAACAGUGUAGUGACUAUGACUUGGACUUUGGAACUGAGUGUUUGCAGUUGGCUCUCAAAUAUGGUCAGACGAAAGCCAAACUAGUGGAAGGAUCACCUGACCUCUGGAAGGUGACCUACAAACGAGAUCUGUAUGCGGCUGAAUCGAUUAUUAAGGAAAGGAUUUCACAACAGAUCUGUGUAGUUAUGGUCACAAAAAAAGAUGAAGAACUUACAGGUCUUCUUGAAGAAAUGCUAACACAUGAGAUAAAUGAUGUCAAAGUCACAUCUGGGGCUCUGUAUGACGCUGGCAGAGAUCUUCAACAAAUCAUCUUAGAGCAAUGCUACAAUUUUGUUUGUGUGCAUGUAAUGAACUUUGACUUUCAAGAAACACAGAAGUUAUUAAGCAUGCUUGAAGAGAGUAAUCUUUCCAUUUUAUACCCUGUUGUUGUUGUUUCGGUGCAUUUUUUUUAUUAUAAAUCAGUACCUUUUGAUCAGAAAAUGGAAAACCAAAUGCGGAUUAGGGAAUUUGCAAUGGAAGUAAAAAAAAGAAAUAUUUUAUUAUACGGCCUUCUCGUAUGUUUUCCUCAGGAUGAGAUGAAACUACAGGAGAGUUUAAGGCAAGGUGCCACCAUUAUUGCAGCCUUAAUCAAAGAACGAAAAUCUGGACUUGUUGGUCAGCUACUGGUAGUGUAAAGAACACAGAGAAAAUUAACUAGUGUGUUUUAAAAACAUUUCCCUAAGUAUCUCUAUUGUGCUUUUCCCCUAUUGUAUGUGGUAGAAUAUUUAAGUUGUCUUCUAUGUCUUAUAAUUUGUAGAAUGUUAAGCUUAGAAUAUAAAAGUGGAACAAUGCAUCUGUGAAAUAUUUUGCUUUUGUGUAUAUCAAAUAUAAAUACCUGAAGUGGAAAAGGGAUAAGUAAAAAAUAAUAGGCUUUGCAUAAAGGCAUGAAAGGUCAAGUAGAAAUAAUAAUGGGUGAGGUAUUUCCCCUAAGAAAUGAGAAUUUAGAUAUCUUCAGCUAUUGUCUCUAUGUUAAUUAAUAAAUCAAACCAUAAUAAAGCUAAUGGAUAAGAUUGAGAAUUAUUUUUAAUUACAAAUUUGUCCCCUCAUCAUGUUAUAUUUUGUCUUGUAAGCUUAAAAUAGUUACAUAUUUUGUCUAUAUUUUUUAAAAAUAGCCAAGAGUUGAUAAUAACAAAUGGAAUUCUGUGGCUCAAAUAUCUCUACCAAUGGCCUCACAUUACCCUAGAUUCCUAAGGAAGAUGUAAUUUCCUUCUGCUUUUCAAUUGUUUCUAAAUUGUAUGUUUUCCUAGGUUUAUGAAAUAUGACUUUGACUUACAUUAUUUUAAAGGGUCUCUGAUUUUUCUAAAUAAACUCGAAAGAAGACUGGAAAGCUAUUCUUACAAGUGAAGUUAUUUUGGUCAAUUCAGGUUAGAGACAGGGAGUCCAUUUAACAUCAUAAAGUUAAAUUAAUUAUUCUUUUAAAUAAAGUUAAAUUAAAGUUAAAUUAAUUAUUCUUUUAAUUCUUGCCUUUUAAAAUCAUGUUCUUAUUCUUUCAAAUUUCUAAUGGUACUUACAUCUUUGAUAUUAAUGAUUCUCCCUUAUACUACAUUUUACACUAAUGUGCAUUUAGGCAUUAACAAUGCCUUUUAAUCUCUGUAUAUGCAUCACAUUUUAUAAAAAUAGCUUGGCUUAGAUUGUGCCAGGGCUGAGGCUGCACUUGGAAAUGAUGAAAGUUGCAUGAAAUUUUUUCAGUUAAAGAUAGACUUUGAAAAAUCUAUCUUGCUUCGAUUUCUUCUUAACAUGGGUGAUUUUCCCUAUUUUCCUCAAGGAUCUAUUUUAGUAGGACAGUUUAUACUUUACAUUAAUUAAUAGUGAAUAGAAUAAAAUAUGCAUGAAAUAAUUACUGCAAUUUAUUCUCCUAAAUGAAAUGUGUUGUUUGAAUGUAGGCUUGAGUCUAAACUCCUAAGCUUGCCACUUUUUCUCCCUCUUUCAUUGUUAAGAAAUAUAUAAUAAAUCAGUUAAUUCAAACUCUUAAAGGUGAAAAUAUAUGGGAAAUGAAAGGAUUUUUUGUUAGAAUUGUCUAUGCCCAUGUUAAGCUGGGUGGUCCGCUGUGUGGUGUGAAUGUGAAGCUUGCAAAGUCCAUAUCAUGCUCCUGUUGAAGUCUUCAGGUGACUUUAUUUUAGGACUAUGAAAGUGCUCAUAAAGGCAGAAGGGGAAAUGUUAUCAAGACUUUAAAGAGGGGGUGAGUGCCUCUAAGUUAAAGGCAGAAAACUUGUAGGAACACUGACAAUAAGUUUUAAGCUCAUCUCCCUGUAUAACAAGACUAAUGUCAAGGGAUAAGCAGAGAGAGGGGCUGUGGGGAAUAAACCAGAGGCAGCAAAUGAGCAAGGGAGGGACAGACAAGGAGGGAGUGACAGAGCAGUCCCGAUGACCAGAUGAAACUAGCUUUCAUUGUUAUAAGAUCCAGAGGCAACUUUGCAGUUACAUUUUUAUGACUGCUUCUGUAAAUUUAAUUUCUGUAGUGAGAACUGUCCAUUCUCACUUUUUUUUCCAAAAUCCCUUUAAAAAUGAUAAUACUAAUGCCUCAGAGUUGCUGAAGUUGCUUUCUACUGUGGAAAGACAAAGUUUUCUUUUUAAAUUUAUACCACUUAAAUGCAAAUUAAACUUUCCAGAAUUAACUCAGAGUGAUCAAUGGCUUAAGAUGUAAUAUCUUUUUCAUAAAAAAAAUCUCAGUUUGAAAGUAUACUCAUGUACAGGUAAGAGUCAGGUCCCUUUAUUCAACCUAGAGCCAUUCUUAUUGUGGUCACUUCAAUCAUUUUGCAUUGGUUUAACAUGAAAACUCUCUUUUCUCAUACUGCCUUACAGUUAUAACUAUAAAAUUUUUUCUGUCUCUAUCUCUCACUAUAUAUACAUAUAUGUAUAUAUACACACAUCCAUAAUGAUCAUUUUAUAAAAAUAAAAUUGCAGUAAAAUAUUUUCUUAUGUUAAAACCUCUAAACCUUACUCAUUUAAAUUAUGCUAUUUUUGUUAAAAUAAUUAUUAAGAAAACCAUUUGAAAGAGGAAAGAUUGAAGUAAUUUUAAGUUUAAUUUCAAAGUAAACAGAAUAAAUGAAAAAUAUAAAUCAUAUUUAAAUUUUGUUGGUAUAGUUUAAAAUAAAUGGACUACAAGUAGCUAGCAAGGUAUUGUUUGGUAUUGUCACAUUUAUAUAUGUGCUGUUGUCCAUUUUUAGUUUCAAAACUGAAGAAUUAAAUGUUUGGAUAUUUUUAAAUGAUAAGUAACAAACUGCUAUAGUGUAUGUUCUAUUUAUAAAACAUAGUAAUUGAUAAAUAAUGAAAUUGUUGAUAUUUUAAAAUCUAAUGUCAAUUUUCACUGAUAUUUAAUGUAUAUGUACAUAUUUGAGUUGAUGUUUGAGAUGUGGAUGUAAAUGUUUAAAUUCAAGGCCCAGCUUUUCUUCCUUUACACGUCAUUUUAUUUCAGCUUACUCGGUCACAAUUGAAUAGCCAAAUAUAACAUUUAUUUUAAAAAAUAUGAAUGUGAUGCUUUUUAUUUUAAAAAUAAAAUUUGAG